CCCCCCACGCCCCAAACCGCAUAUGCCCCUUUCCCAGUAGUGAAUGUGAAUCUCGCCUCCCGAACCAACCCGGGCUCGCCGCCGCCGGCCGCCGCACCGGCUGCGUGAUGGAGCUCUCGGCUGCUUUCGAGGAGCGCGUCCGGCAGAUGGAGGACGCCCGCAACCACUGCAUGUCCAUCCUCCAGGCCGAGAAGGAGAUUCAGGCCGCCAAGUCCCGCCUCCUAGCCGCCAAAGUCGCCGCCGCCCGCCGCCUCGAACGCCGCCGCCUCCUCCUCGAGCGCCGCGCCGCGGACCUCGCCUCCCGCGCCCUAGCCGCCCGCGCCGACAUCGACGCCGCCCACGCGCGCCGCCUCGUCGUCGCCCGCGACAUCAGCUCGACCAACGGCGAGAUCGAGGAGGCGCAGCGGAAGGCGGAGGAGUGGGACCGCUUCUACGAGUCCAAGAGGAAGGAGAUGGAGGAGUUCCGGGCAAUGUCGCAGCAAUUCGAGGUAAAAACUCGUCAGGAAGUGCAGAGGCUCAAGGCCUCUGUAUCUCAACUGCAGGCCUCCCUGCAAGAGCUGCAGAGCAGCGGGUUGCACUCCGACCACGCCGGGAUCGGGGCUGCGGAAGCCAGGAAGGCCAAACUCAUGGCCAAGAAGGCCAAGCUGGACGAGAACCUGGCUGCUGCCCGACAGUUCAGAGCGCUGCUUCGGCAACAGCUCCAGAAAGCCUUCGCAUCACAGGUUAGGGAUCAAAAGGCAUCACAAAACUGACUGCUAGUAUGUGGUGGUACAACCAAAACGACCUUCACUAGCUAGCUCAAUCGCUACGGAUUAAGGAUGCAAUGCAAGCGUUGCGGGCUAGCGGACAAUAGCGCAGUGUACAAAUGUAGUGUUAAUUUUAGGCAAAUGUUGAGCAAAUUUUGAACUAAGGGAUGGAUGAGUUUCGUGGGACGAAGCGGGCUGCCGCUUGCACCCCUACCACAGAUCGACGAAACGAACUUUAUAUGUCUACAGGCAGAUACAUGGUUUUUAUUUCAGUCUUGUUUAGAACACUGAAAUUCUGUGGAUUCCAAUCUUUGUCACUUGCUGUGCCAGUGGCGUGUGGGUCUGAGACCAAAUAUUGUAGACACAUGUUGUAAUUCAAACGCUAGAAGAUCAACUGCUAAACCAUCCUUGAGGCCACUGUAGCUCAGAGCUUCCUCGGCUUCUCUCUCUAGAUUGGAUGGUCUAAUAGCAUUAACUAUCUUGACUGAAUUGCAUUGGUUCUUCUUGUUCUUCUUU